GUAUGCGUCAAGAAAGCGUUGUUCUUGAAGAAUGGGACGGUGUCAGCGUGGCGGCGGGCAGCGGGAGCAGCACCAGGCCGAGGUGGAGGCGAUCAGCGGGACAGCAACGGUCCAAGUUGGAGGCGGUCAGCGGGACAGCAAACGGUCCAAGGUGGAGGCGGUCAGCGGGACAGCGACGGUCCAAGUUGGAUGGCAAUCAGCGUGAGAGCAAUGGUGCAAGGUGGGGUCGAUCAGCGGAACCGCAACGGUCCAAGGUGGAGGCGGUCAGCGGGACACCAACCAAGGUGGAGGCGUUCAGCGGGACAGCAACGGUCCAAGGUGGAGGCAGUCAGCAGGACAGCAACGGUCCAAGGUGGAGGCGAUCAGCGGGACAGCAACGGUUCAAAGGUGGAGGCGGCCAGCGGGACAGCAACGGUCCAAGGUGGAGGCGAUCAGCGGGAGAGCAACGGUCCAAGGUGGAGGCGGUCAGCGGGACAGCGACGGUCCAAGGUGGAGGCGAUCAGCGGGACAGCAACGGUCCAAGGUGGAAACGGUCAGCGGGACAGCAAUGGUCCAAGGUGGAGUCGAUCAGCGGGACAGCAACGGUCCAAGGUAGAGGCGGUCAGCGGGACAGCAACGGUCCAAGGUGGAGGCGAUCAGCGGGACAGCAACGGUCCAAGGUAGAGGCGGUCAGCGGGACAGCAACGGUCCAAGGUGGAGGCGAUCAGCGGGACAGCAACGGUCCAAGGUGGAGACGGUCAGCGGGACAGCAAGGGUCCAAAGUGGUGGCGAUCAGCGGGACAGCAACGGUCCAAGUAGAGGUAAUACGAUCACCGGAACAGCCGAUAACGAUUCGAUUCAAUUUCAACACCGCGAGCCUUGCUUCUGGGUAUGCAGACGAUUCUUUGAAUCGUCCCACCAGGGGUACCAAAUUAUGUGUAGGACGCUUCACCUGUGGUAAAAGGACCUGGUGAAUAUCUCCUGUCCUUCACACAAGAGGGGAACCAGCUUCUAUAGUGGUUGAUAUAAUUAGACUCUGAUAUUCUUUGUCGAGUCGAAGCAAGGUGUAAAUCGGUGUUGAAAUGAUUAAAAUACGUGUGAGAUAAUUAGUUUAUUUAACACAAACACUAAUAUUUACAAGUAUCGUACAAAAUAAUUAUUAUUGUUUUUACUACAACAAAAAAACAUACAUAAAUUUGCUAUGUGCAAUUGACAGUAAAGUGAACCGCGAUUUAAGAGUGAAACAUGUGAUUAGUAACAAGUGAGAGAAGAUUCGCGUGAAAAACCGUGUAAUGCGAUAGGAAAAUACGAGACGUGAACACUUUCAGAGUUGAGCGAGAGACGCGACCGAUUAGCUCGGUAGUUGACGAAUAAGUGAUUGAGAGACGAGAGACUAAAAACGACUUAGGCAUAA